AGUUUGUAAAUGUUUUAUCCAUGUUUCUGCAAUUUAAUGGAUGUUCAUGUAUUGCUCCUCCUGCCCUCCCUCUUGACCUCUGCUGAAAACAACAACAAUUCAAUAGGAAAAGGACAUAAGCAAUACAGGCGGAAGAUGAUUUGUUAUGACUUGCAGUGACAUUUGAAGUAUAUUUUGACAAUACUACGACAUGUAAUUGACAGUUAAAUGAAAUGAGAAAACAUUGUUUUACACUGGCAAACACAUCUAGCCUCCCUUUAGUCAUUAAGUACAUGUUAUUAAGUUCAUAAUGUUGUCAGUACAGAAGAAAUAGCAAUAACAACCUUACAAAGACAAUAUAUACCUUAAAAUCUUAUCCAUGAUUAUCUAAGUUCAUGGAGCUACAUUUAAUAAUAAUGCGUCAACAGUAUUCAUGGUUGUCUUAGAUGCAAAGGAGGGUGAAGUUGUUUACAUCAUCAGCCAAUGAUUUACUGGGGGUAGCUCAAACAAUCAACCACUGAUUUACCUGGAGAUGUUCACGCUAUCAACAACUGAUUUACCUGUGGUUGUUCAUUUUAUCAAUCACGGAUUUGCGUGGAACUGUUCAUAUUAUCAACUACUGAACUACCUGGUGUCGUUCAUGUUACCUUGCACGGAUUUACCUGGAGACGUUCAUGCUACCUUGCACGGAUUUACCUGGAGUCGUUCAUGUUACCUUGCACGGAUUUACUUGGAGUCGUUCAUGUUACCUUGCACGGAUUUACUUGGAGUCGUUCAUGCUAUCAACUACUGAACUACCUGGAGUCGUUCAUGUUACCUUGCACGAAUUUACCUGGAGUCGUUCAUGCUAUCAACUACUGAACUACCUGGAGUCGUUCAUGUUACCUUGCACGGAUUUACCUGGAGUCGUCCAUGUUACCUUGCACGGAUUUACCUGGAGACGUUCAUGCUACCUUGCACGGAUUUACCUGGAGUCGUUCAUGUUACCUUGCACGGAUUUACCUGGAGACGUUCAUGUUAUCAACUACUGAACUACCUGGAUUCGUUCAUGCUAUUAACAACCGAUGUGCCUAGAGUGAUUCAUGUUAUCAACCACGGAUUUGCCUGGAGUUGUUUAUGUUAUAAAACAUUGAUGUAUCUGAAGCUGGUUAAGCUAUCAACCACUGAUGUACCUGGAGUUGUUCAAGCUGUCAAACAGUGAUUGUUCAUGCUAUCAGCCACUGAAUUACCUGUAGUUGGUAAAUGACAUUAAUUACAGUUGUCUUAAUGCCCCUUGUUUGGAAACCUGCAAGGACAUAAGCAGAGAGAUGGAUUAGGAGAUAAACCUACUGUGUUUUGAAAUUUGAUGUAGUCCCACUGUAGAGUAGAUACCUCUUUAUUCUAAUUUUAAACCAAGCGCUUUAGUUUCAACUAUACACUUGGAAAUCAGUCACCAUAGUUAAUAUUUAGCGCACGUCGAUUCGUGUACAGAUGUUUGCGACCCUGAUUUCAGUCACCGUUAUCUGACCGAGUGGUUUCAAAGUCCUCAAUCUAUUAUUUGUAUAGUAUCAUAUCACCUGAUUUGACAGCCUUUACUGCACGUGAAAUAUGAAGAGGCCUCUUACAUGUAACGUCGUCCGGCUAAAUCAUUCCUCAGGAAUGAGUAGAAAAAAACAGAGAGGCGCUGCAGCACCGUAUGUACCAGAGUCAUGCAGGUAGUCCUACAUUUUCUGAUGAUAGUCGUAUUCGAAUCACACGGUCAAGACAGUUGUGAAUGGGGGAAGUAUGGUGAACACUGCAAGAAUGAUUGCCCUCUGAACUGUUUCACCAACCCAGGCAGAAACCUCAGACACUGCCACAAGGUGACAGGGAAGUGUUCUGAGGGGUGUGUGCCGGGGUGGUUCCAUGACCUGUGUGAUAAAGCUUGCAGCAAGAACUGUAAGGGGGGCGUCUGUAAUUACCAAAAUGGCAUCUGCACGAACGGUUGUAGUGGAGAUUACAAAGGGCAGUUUUGCAACGUUGCUCCAGGCACGUCGGCGACACCACCCAGGGAAUACAGCACACACACAUCGUCGGCAGCACCGAGUGAAUCCAACACAGACACAACACCAGACCUGGUUGCGAUACUUGUCCCUGUGUUCCUCAUCCUGGUUGUUGUCCUCGCUGUGGUGGUGUUCAUACUGUAAGUGUGUACCUAACCCUCGCU